CUUUAUUAUGUAACAUGUUCCCAAUCACAUCCCAGCCUGAGUCUGAGGCAUAAGGUCUCUUUAAGAGAUAUCUCAGCUCAGUGAUCCUGGCAGGACACCUCCUACCUUCUCUUCGACCAAAAACUCUGCUGUGUCUCACCUGAUGGAAAGCAGUGCUCGGAGUCCAAGAAGAAAGAAUAUUUCGACAGGAGAGCAGUGAGCACACACGGUGGUACAUCGGAAGACAGAGGAGCCUCCUCCACCUGUCCGGAGCUCAGAAAGUCCGCCUCACUGCGAGCAGACACACAGCUGCAGACAGACAGUGGACCCAGGACAGCUGCAGAGACCGAGUGCAGCAAAUGAAGACGACUGCCAAAGAUUAAGGAUAAGUGAAAGCUGUAAAAAAUGCAGAUAUUAUUCAUGAAGUAAUUACAGCAGGUGUGACAAAACAAAUUAGUUAAUUCAGUCCCCAGCUUUUAAAGUGAGCCCAGGAAAGCCAUCAUGGAGCUGCAGCACAACACCAAUCACAACCAAGCCUUGUGGAAAGAGAUACCGUGGGAUUUCACAGAGGACUGCUCGCUCUCAGUGAGUGGCACCACUUUUCUCAUCAUUGCUUACAGUACAGUUAUGGCAGUGGGUCUCAUUGGGAACUCUUGCCUGGUGUUUGUCAUCACACGGCACAAGGAGAUGCGCAACGUCACCAACAUCUUCAUCGCCAACCUGUCCUGUUCUGACAUCCUCAUGUGCAUUGUAUGCCUGCCAGUCACUAUUAUCUACACACUGAUGGACCGCUGGAUCCUAGGAGACGCCCUUUGUAAGCUGACGCCCUUCAUCCAGUGUACAUCAGUUACUGUUUCCAUCUUCUCCCUAGUCCUCAUCGCCAUGGAGCGCUACCAGCUCAUUGUCCACCCGACUGGAUGGAAGCCUUUGGUGGGCCAGUCCUACUUGGCCGUGGGUGUCACCUGGAUCGUGGCCUGCCUAAUCUCGGUGCCUUUCCUCUCGUACAGCGUUCUUACCUUGCCUUUCCAGAACCUGAGCCUCCCCUUCCCAAUCAGUGAUCACCUUGUUUGUAUGGAGCGGUGGCCAUCGGUUCAAGAACGGCAAGCUUACACCACCUCCCUGCUCGCCUUCCAGUACUUUCUUCCUCUUGCCCUCAUCAUGGUCUGUUACAUGCAUGUCUACCUGCGCCUCAGGAGGAGGAAGGACAUGGUGGAGCGCGGCAGGAGCACCAGCCAAAAGAAAAACAAGGGCUCCACGAGGAUCAACGCCAUGUUAAUCUCCAUAGUGGUGGCAUUCGCCCUCUCCUGGCUCCCUCUCAAUGUCUUCAACACGGUGUUUGACUGGAACCACGAGGCCAUCCCGUCCUGUGGCCAUGACAUCAUCUUCUCAUUCUGCCACCUCACGGCCAUGGCCUCCACCUGCGUCAACCCCAUCAUCUAUGGUUUCCUCAACAGCAAUUUCCAGAAACAGCUCAAGUCCACCCUGUCGCGCUGUCGCUGCUGGGGGGUGGCAGAGAGGUAUGAGAGCGUCCCACUCUCCACUGUCAGCACAGAGGUUACCAAGGGGUCAAUCUUGAGCAAUGGAUCUAUCAGCAUCAAUACUUAGAUCCAAGCCUUUUCAGUAAAAGACAAAGAAACUACUGGGGCCUCUUCCGCCCUCAUUGUGUCAUCCUUUGGAGCUUUUCUUGCUUCGUUGAGUCCAAAAGCAAGGUUGACAUUUACAAAGUUACAAACCUCACAAAGGCAGUCCAGAGGGAGGUGCCCUUGAUUCAAUAUGAGUUCACAUGUAAGAGGAAGUAGAUAACAAAAUGAUGGUACAAAGGUUGUACAAGUUUAAGUAUUGUUGGGCGACUGAAGGCACUUUACAUGAGCACUUUUGCAACUGUAGUUUGUAUAGACCAUUCCCGAUGUGCUGUGGGCACAUACGAAUGAAGAGACAGCAUUUAAUCUGGUAUACAUCUGUCAUGUUUUCUUUCUAAAGCACUGGGAUCUACUGGUCAUGUCACCAGUCUAGUAAUGUUAAAUGAAUAUUAGCUGUUUAGGGUUUGCUUUUCACACUUUUACCUGCUAUAAAUGGAACCACCAGAGAGUAUUGAAAGGACAAGCGGGUUGAUGCACUGCAAAUGUUCUUUUCAGUUUUGCUGUUUUAUGUUAAUAGUAUCGAUUAAAACAAGGGAUUAAGGGAUUGUGAACUGUAAUGUGUUAAUGAUUAUCGAUGGAGUAUCUUAUUUCGUAACUGAGGAAAUAGAACGUUAGUGCAUUAAAUGUGACUCCAGGCAUUCUUUCAGACGGUUUACUAGAAUCAUCUUAAUGCAUUUCUUAUUACCUAAAAUCACCACAAACAAUGUAAUGAUCUUUUACUUAGAACCUUGGCAAUAGCUAUGUACAUUUCAUGCUGUCUGCCAAGGGCUGCGCUCCAGUCUGUGCGUGUGGGAUGUUUUUCUCAUAAAAUGUGCCAUACAAUAACCAUAUAUAUUGACAGAGCGGGGUUCUUCUGCUGUAUAUAACAUUACUAAAUAUAUGGCCUAUACAAGAUGUGAUACAGUUAUAGUUUAUGGUGUGGUCUGGAAUAAAGAGCUCUGUGUAGCACAGCAGAUAACUCCUAGGAACCUGUUGUUAGUCACUUCUCUUUGUGGUGUUGAACUGAAUUAAAAGAUUUACUAUUAUCUUGAUGAUAAUGUCUAUGUUGUAAUAUGAGUCACAAUCUUGACUGUUCUUCAAAUCUUGUACUGCAUUUUUGUUUGUUUUUUUUGGCAAACUUCAUGUCUGCCUUGCUUUCUGAGUGUGUGUUAAACACAGAACAGAUUUUUCGCUGUCACCUUGCAGGUCAGUUCAUCGACAUCAUUCUAAGCUUUUAAAAUAUAAUUGAUUGGUCCAAGUCUCCUGUUAAAGGCAAAACCAGACUGUACUAUUUCCACUUUAGUGUGGCAUCCUAAUUCCCCAGAGAUUAUAGCACUGAUGAUAGAGCUUCUACACAGUCAAUAUUUUAAAAUCUUUGUGUCUUUCUGAGGUCAAAUUCAGUGUGUUGCCUCUAUGUGCAUUAUUCAGGGGGAAGUCUGAGAUCACAACACAUUUUAGAUGUGCUUGUAGUGUUGAAUAAAUCAGUGUUGUGUUUGGUGCCUUAGAUGUUAAACAGCAUGGGGAGGGGAAAAAACACUGUUACACUGUUCAUACCACAGUUUUGGCUAUCUGUCUCAAAGAAGAAGUAUAUCAACUAAGAGGAAAGAAGAGGGCAAGAUUGUUGCUGUCAUGGGCCUUUUUUAGCUUUGAUGAUAAUGUCAGGAGGUCAAGUGUAGGAUGUUUUUACACCUCACAGAAAGCCAAACCUGUUUUCUACUCUGACAGCGUCUCACACAACCUGCCAAACUGUUUUCCAAGGGCAGUUUAGCCUUUAAGAGAGCUCUCAGAGGUCCUUGUCGACAUAAUUGACCGUGUGCUUCCGCUGCCUUAAGAGCUGACCUUAACAGACGUGUCAGUCCCCUCUCUUCUCCUAUAUAUCCUUCCUUUCACCUGUCUUUCCUUUUAAAACCACUGAAUGAAGUAGCAGUGUUUGUUUUGUUUGGAGGAACCGACCCAAGAUGCCGGAGGUGUUGACGUACUCCAGCAACACUUGACAAUGAGUGGAACUUAAAUGAUGCCGUUUUACAUUGUUAACCAAGUAACUGUUAAGGGGCUGUGGGUGCUAUGAAAUGAAGCUCAGCUGAAGACAAAUACUUAAUGAGUACACAGGGCCAGACUCUCCUUGUCAGUGGAGCAGUUCCAGAAAGAUUAGCAUCUUGGCUCUCUGCAUUUUAAUUUAGAGAGAUUUUCAUAUAAGCACAGGAAUCACAGGAACAACAUGAACUACAUAGUUGGCCAGAGUAUUCCCCAAGCUGUUGUUUUGAGCAUUUAAAUUCUCUUCAGUCACAUUUUUUUGCCUGCCUUACUACUGUUAGAAUAGGGCCUAAUUCAUCCCGUGUUGCCAUGUUCUCAUAUUAAAAGUAAUAAUAACAGCUUUCAAUGCUUUCUGUUGCAUUGUAGAAGAAAGAACCCUCCCUGAUGUGUGAAUCCUUCUCCCCAGUCAAGGCUUGCAAAGAUCAAGAGGCUGCAAAAUGUUAAAAGACAUGUACAGUAUUCAUCACAUACAAGAUCUACAGUAAAAUGUGAAUCUGCAAAGUCCAUACUGAGCCUAAGAAAUUGUGAAAAGUUAUAUAAGGUGUCGCUUAUAUAGAUAUACUACGAAAUCAUUUUUCAGUUGAAAAUCGUAUAUGCAGUGAUGUCAGACAAAGAUUGGCCUUGUGCAUCUUUGCUCCCUUCUGAGAAGGAACUAAUCUUUUUGUUUUGGCAGAUGAAAAGGUCAGAGGGAGUCAGACUGUUGCCUCUGGAAUCUUAAUCAUGGUAUUAUACAUACUAACAUCUGUAGGACGCAUUGAAACAGACAGGUACCUCAUCUAAGGGUCAAACACAUAGAUCAGCUCAGUCGAGACUUCCUUGUUUUCUUAUCUUUCUAUUAAAUUGUCCUAAUGGUUCUGCCUUGAAUCAGGUGCUUCCUGAUUCAUCAGAUCUCUGAGGGAGGGUUUAUUUCAGGGAGCAUUUCCUAGUUUUACCUAUUUAUUAGUCUGGAUAUCAUCAUUCACAGUGUAAAUGGUGUGUCAGCCAGUUCGUGAGCCAGACCUGGGUUACACAUAUGUAAUCUUCCAAGAUGAAUUCAAGACACUCCUGUGUGUCUCCGCUUUUGAAGUAAAUCUAGAAAUAUCUAUUGUAUACUGGCAGAUAUUUCUGGGCCUCAAUUUCCUCUGUGUAUUCUGUAGUAUUAAUAACACACACACACACACACACACACACACACACAGUUUUGCCUUGCAUAACACAAGCAGACAUAACAGCCGGGAAUAGCAACCCCCAGAUUGGUGGUUUUGUCAUUGCAUGGAUGUGCAGUCUUCACAAAAAAACAUGAUUUGAAAAUAAUAAACUAAGAUAGAUAGAUAAGAGUUUUACAAAAGAGGAACAAGAAAUUCUUUCAUGUCUAUAAUCUUGCCCUGACAAUUUAGGAUCUGGCCUCUGCGUCUGACCUUCCAUUUUCUUUGGUCAGAAGAAAAGAGGUAGACCACAGCCUACUUUAGUUGCCUGGUUACAGUUUCCUCAGGGGUUUCAAUGGGUUUCCUCCAAGCUGACACAGAGUGCCAAGCUGUUAAAGGCACUUUAUUAAACACUGACAGAGGAAAGACGCAGGGCUGAAGCAGUUUUAGUGUUGCUGGCUCAGUCAGAUGGUUCUCCUGCUUGAAAGAAGGACGACAAAGAAAGUGAGACAUAACAUUUAUUGCUGGGGAUACUUGAUGACACAUACAGUACCUUUCCUUUUGACUUGCAUUGGCUUAUCAAGGUGGUAUAAUUGUAAGCAGUCACUGUAAAGUAAUGUGGACUUUUUUACAGCAGACAUUUUGACAUGUCAUGGCAGGAAAAGCACUGGUGUAAUUAAUCUUAAUGAUGGCUGUAUUUCAUUUAGGUUUGCCUGGGCCAUUUUACACUGGCAUGGCUUACUAGGACACUUGAACGAAAGGCACUAUUAAAGGCAUAGUUCAACAUUUGGGAAAUAUGCUUAUUUGCUUACUUGCCGAAAAUUAGAUGAGAAGAUUGAUACUACUCUCAUUUCUGUAGAGAAAAUAUGCAGCUGGGGCCAGGAGAUGGUUAGCUUAGCAUAAACACUGGACACAGGAGUAGACAGCUGUCUGAAGGUAACAAAAUCCGCCUACCAGCACUUUUAAGCUAACUUAGCUAGGACAUUAUAUCUCGUUUGUUUAAGGCGUACAAAAACAUAGGUGUAAAAUGACAAUUUGUCGUUUUAUUGGGGGUUAUAUGCUAGAUUAUCUCUUGACUGGGAGCAGUUGCUAGGCAACCAGUGGAGACUUGAGGAAAUUACUGGUCCUGGCCAAGAAAUAGUCACACAUAAUUCCCGUAAAAAGGUUUUUAGACUUUGGCUUUUUGUAUGUAAUAAACAAAUGAUAUAUAACAUGUUAAUUAUUGAGCUUCAGAGGUCCUGGUAGGUGGAUUUUGUUACCUUCGGACAGAUCCAGGUUAGCUGUUUCCAGUCUGUAUGCUAAGAUAAACUAACCGGCAGCUGGCGGUAACUUCAUAUUUAUUGUACAGACAAGAGAGUGUUAUUGGAAGGAAGAGUUUGGCAUUUUGAGAAAUUUUAGCUUUAGCUUAGCUUAUCAUAAAGCCUGGAAACUGGGGGAAACAACUAGCCUGGCUCUGUCCAAAGAUUACUGGUUACCACUAGACAGAGCAAGGCUAGCUGUUUCCCCCUGUUUCCUGUCUUUACGCUAAGGUAAUCUAAUCGGCUGCUGGUGAUAGCAAUUUAUUGUACAGACAUAAGGUAUCAAUCUACUCAUCUAACUCUCUGCAAGCAUAUUUUCCAAAAUGUAGAACUAUUUCUUUAAUGUAAUUAGCUACACCUGUGCUUCCCUGCAAUGAGAAGUCAGAAUGUCUGCAGUUUAAUGACCUAGCCUUCUUAAUUAAUUCUCACAAGUUUAGGGGCCAGAGUCUGCAAGCAUUAAACACAACAUUUAUUUAGACUCCACUGCUCAGCACUGCAAUUAUGGCCCAAUGUUCUCUUUUAUUAGUUAAUCUGUUUCAGACUGGUAUCAGAGAGACUAAUUAGAAUAACCUGGUGGACCUUGCAGCUGUGGGAGUACAGGCUCAGCAGGGUCUGUAUCUCCAGCAGGUAUUUUCUUGAUUAUAGUGCUGUUUGAAAUUAUCAAAUGCCCCACUACUCUUGUCUAAAUCUAAUAACCCAAGUUAGGGCUGCUUUGAUGUUUCCACUUUUAAAAAAUGUAAAUAAUGUUCCUUGCUGCAAGUAAUGUUUCUGAUAUGAUGUCUUUGAUUUUAAAAUGGAGGGUAGAUGGGCACUGAGAGUUAUUGUUCACAAUGGUAUUGAUCUUGAGUAAAUAUUUUAUGUCCUGCUGAGCUAUUGCCUUUCGUAUAUUUAUCCCUUAUCAAAUCACUUUCAAUAAAAGACAAUACUUGACCCA